CGCUCUGGUCUGAUUUGUUGGCCUGUGAAUCUCCGACAGAAUCCACUCCCCCCGAGUCCUGCCGGCUCCCCCCACCCCGUGCCAGCAGAGAUGAUGUCUGGUGGACUGCUGGGGUUGUCGUGCCUGCUGGUGGUGGGGGUGCAGGAAGGGUUGCCAAGCGAGCAGUGGGUGUCGCGGACGCGGCACGUGGAGCUGCUGGUGGUGGUGGACAUGGAGCUGGCGCGAGCGCUGGGCAGCGAGGUGCGGCCCUACACUCUGGCUCUGCUGGGCGCAGUUGAGCGGCUGUACCGACACCCCUCGCUUGGCAGCGACGUGCGCCUUCCUGUGGUCUGGCUUGAGGUGCUCUGGGAUGAGGCGAAGGGGCUACGGGUGGGCUCUGAUGCCCGCCAGACCCUUCACGAGUUCUGUGGCUGGCAGCAGGACCGCCGGGCCAGGGGCGAUUGGGCAGAAACCCCAUACGAUGUGGCCCUCUUACUGACAAGGCAGAACCUCUGUCAGGAAAACAAUUGUGAAUCUCUGGGCCUUGGCCACAUCGGGACUGUGUGUGAGGUGAAUGGUGGUCAGAACUGUGCUGUCAUCCAGGACAUAGGCCUCCAAAGUUCCUUCACCAUCGCCCAUGAAAUUGGACACCUGCUGGGAAUGGCUCAUGAUAAUUCGGGGAUUUGUGUACAAAUGGGGGAGUUGUCCCAUCGGUCCCAGAUGAUGUCCCCCAUGUUGUCUAGAAUUGACUUCUCAGAGCCGUGGUCUCGCUGCAGCAUCCGGUUAUCCCUGGGGUUCUUCGCCAGUGGCAGAGCUGACUGCCUCCUGAACAAACCGCCCGUCUCCCUGGCUGAGUCCGUCCCCCUGGCCGGGUUAACAUACGACCGCGACGUCCAGUGCCAGCUGACCUUCGGCCCUGGGUACCAAGCCCAGCCGAAACGCGAUCCCUGCCCUGUGCUCUGGUGCUUGACUUGGCGCCAGGGGAGGUGGCACCAUGUCAGUAAGCACCUGCCCGCUGCGGAUGGAACACCGUGUGGUAAAGGGUCCGUCUGCCUCCGAGGGAUUUGUACCCAGAACUGGAAACACCUGACUCCAGUGGAUGGGAGAUGGGGUUCCUGGGGUCCUUGGGGAUCUUGCUCUCGCUCCUGUGGGGGUGGGGUCCAAUUCUCACGGCGCCAUUGUGACAAUCCUGUUCCUGCUAAUUUUGGCAAGUUCUGUCUUGGGAAGCGGGAGAUGUUCCAGUCGUGUAACCUGAAAGAUUGUCCAGACAAUGGCCUGAGCUUCCGUCAGGAGCAGUGUGAGGAGAGGAACGGGCUGUCGCCGGAGGGGACGCUGCUGGAAUGGGAGCCUUACUACCAUGGCAUCCGCUGGGCUGACCUCUGCAAACUCAACUGCCUGCUGAAGGGGACAUCUCGUGUCAACGUCUUCUCUGUCAAGGUGAAGGAUGGGACAUCAUGUUUCCCACACAGCAAUGCUGUGUGUGUGCGCAGCCAGUGUGUGAAGACCGGCUGUGAUGGGCUGAUUGGCUCCAGGAAGCGCUACAGCUCUUGUGGUGUGUGCGGGGGUCUUGAAGGAAACUGCAAGAGGGUGGUCCAUCACUACCAUAGGAGAGUGAUGAACUACAGCGAGGUGGGGGUGAUCCCACGGGGAGCAGCCAACCUGAAGGUGCGCCAACAGCCCAGGAGAGCUCCAUUCCAGCUGUCGGCCUGCCUGGUGCUGCAGCGGGAGGACGGAAGCUUUGUGUUGAACGGUCGGGGCCGGAUCAGCGGCUUUCCCAGCCUGGUUGAAGCAGGUGGAGUGGCACUUCACUACUCGGGCUGGAGCUCCCACAGGGAGGUGCUGCAGGCACUCACCUGUGCACCUCUGUCCGAGGAGCUGAGGCUGAUGGUGUACAAACUGGGCUUGAGGAGGACAGUCCGCAUCACCUACUCCUACUACCUACACAGGAGGAGGAUGCAGGGGGAGGAAGUGCGAGGGGUGGCAAGGGCUCCAGCAGGGAAAGCCAGACCAGAACCUCGCCCUGUCCUGAGACCAGAUCCCUUCCCUGUCCCCAGACUGGACACCACCCCUGUCUCCAAACUGGACACCAGCUCUGCCCCCAAACCAGACCCCACCUCUGUUCCCAAACUGGAAGUCAUUACAGUCUCCAGACCGGGCAUCACUCCUGCCCCCAAACCAGAACACACCUCUGUCCCCAAACUGGAAGUCAUUACAGUCCCCAGACAGGGCAUUACUCCUGCCCCCAAACCAGAUCCCACCUCUGUCCCCAGACCGGACGACAACCAGAGGGACGUCCUCGAACCCAAGAAGCAGGGGAAAGCAGGCAGCAUCACGGACCGCACCAAGACCAGCUCCUUCAGUUUCUACGCCAACGAGCAACGCACUGAUGAGAUAGGCCUGCAGUACGUUAAAUUCUUGAUGACCAGCAGGGUCUUGUGA